CUCAUCUCUUAAAGGGAGAGAGUGCGACAACCAGCCUGUUUUUUUUCCAACCUUCCGGCAGCGACGUCCCCGGGGAUUAACCCUUUCUUGUCCAGACGCCUUAGAACCGAGCCAGGCCGAGCUUGGCAGACACGGGAGGGCUUUUUCCUGGUCGGGAUCGACCCCGCUUCAGACACGGGGUGACGAACCAUUGGCUAAGUCUGCCCUGUAAGGCUGCCAGCCACUCCAGCAUCCAUCUAAUGGAGAAUGUGACAGGUGGACUUCCAGCUGGGGCAGUAGCUGCUGUCUUGAAGCCCAGUGAGGGACUACCUGAAGGGAGUUUGCCUGUCCGGGGCUAUGACUUUGACCAUGGGCUGGACUACCAUGCCUUGCUCCAGUCUUAUCUGGCCACAGGCUUCCAGGCUACCAACUUUGGGCAGGCUGUGAAUGAGAUCAACCGCAUGAUAGAAGCCAAGCUGACACCCCUGGGAGAGGAGGAAGGGAACCAUGCUGACCUGAAUCCCUAUCCUCGUCGCCUAUCUGGCUGCACCAUCUUCUUGGGCUUCACUUCUAACCUCAUCAGUUCAGGUAUCCGUGAGACCAUCCGCUACCUGGUGCAACACAACAUGGUGGAUGUUCUAGUAACUACAGCAGGUGGAGUUGAAGAAGACCUGAUCAAAUGCUUGGCCUCCACAUAUAUUGGAGACUUCAGUUUACGUGGGAAGGAGCUCCGGCAAAGCGGAAUUAACAGGAUUGGGAAUCUGCUGGUGCCCAAUGACAAUUAUUGCAAAUUUGAAGACUGGUUGAUGCCAAUCCUUGACCAGAUGGUGACAGAACAGGACACAGAGGGUGUGAAGUGGACGCCAUCAAAGCUUAUUGCGCGGCUUGGCAAGGAAAUCAACAAUCCUGAAUCUGUCUGUUACUGGGCACAAAAGAACAGCAUCCCUGUCCUGAGUCCUGCACUGACUGAUGGUUCCCUGGGGGAUAUGAUUUUCUUCCACUCCUACAAGAAGCCAGGCCUUGUGCUGGACAUUGUGGCAGAUCUGAGGCUUAUCAACACUCAGGCCAUCUUUGCCCAGAAGACAGGAAUGAUCAUCUUGGGUGGAGGCCUUGUCAAGCACCACAUUGCCAAUGCCAACCUGAUGAGAAAUGGAGCUGACUUUUCAGUAUAUGUCAACACAGCACAGGAGUUUGAUGGCUCAGAUUCAGGAGCUCGGCCUGAUGAGGCGGUAUCCUGGGGAAAAAUACGCAUGGAUGCAAAACCAGUCAAGGUUUAUGCUGAUGCUUCUCUGGUCUUCCCUCUGCUGGUCGCAGAGACUUUUGCCCAGAAAUCAAAUGCCUUUGCUGCAGAGAAGCAAAACGACUAAACUGAAGGCAUCUCAGAUGGCAGGAUCCUUCUGUUCCUGCCCAGCCUGUGUGCAUGGCACCGUAGUUGCUGGCACUUCCAUGGAAACUGCAUAGGGGAAGGCAAAAGAACUCCCAACUGCUAGAAGAAAACCUUGCUUCUUCUCCAUUAACCAUGAAUAAGGGCUGCAGUCCAGUCUCUGAAAGCAAGUCGCCUCACACUAACCUUCAAAUCACAACUGUUCAGUCAAACGUGUGUCUUGAGGAUCGAUUCUUCCCACUUUCCUCCUCUGGCAUCUCCACCUGAAAGCAGAGUGUUUGGGAGUGAAGAAUGGCUUGUUUUGGAGUGAAGAAUGGGUUGUUUCCACAGCGUGCUUCUUCUGUAAUAGUGGGAUGGUCCCAGGAUGUUAUAAUUGGCUUAGGCUUGCAGACAAGGUUUGAACAGGCCAGGUUAUCUCUGUACGUUCCUUUUCUGCCUUUUCCUUCCAUCCCUUUCCUCAUUAGUUUUCUCUUUAAUUUAUUUAUUAAUGUGUUUUAUUUGGAAUUGCCUAACUCCAGCUUCCUAAUAAACCAUAUUGGUCUUGAAA